UACGGGAGGAAGCGAAAGAAAGUCGUACAUCGGCGAACGCUCUCCACAAGUCGCUGCUAUUGAGCUAGCUAGUUAGAGUACCGCGUGCGGUGGGUGGGCGCAAGUCUCUGUCCGUUGGUUUUCUAUUCCGAAACGCUGGUAUACACUUCGAAGGCCUGUUCAGUCCCCGGACGAAUCCCGCGACGUUCACACCUUUAUCAGACGCGGAUCCGAUCUGAUGGAACCAAAGCUCUGAGGAGGGACCUGAGUGAAGUGCGAUAAUAGGACGGAUUAGGAUCGUUUAACAAGUGGCAACUGGAAUGUGAAUACUAAGUGGAUCGAAACGGAUGUUUAGUGAUCUAUAUGACUGGUGUGAUUUUGGAAUUUAAAAUGUGCACAUGCUGGGAAAAGAGAUGCAUCACUUAAUCGGAAAACACUGCAGAAACCAACAGUGACAACGUUUCGCUACUCCCCCAAGAUUGGCAGUCGAUCAAAAUGAGAAAACGCGCACCGCCAACGAAGUGUGUGGAUGUGUGUGUGUGUGUGUGUGUGUUUGUGUGAAAAACAGUGAAAGUCAAUUAGGGGGCAACCGGAAAAUUUGAUGGAAAAAAAAACACAGAAGAUGAAUAGGUUUGCUUCAGGACCAUCACCACCAGCACCAUUAUCACCGGUUUUUAGGUGAAAGAAGAAAUGCAAAAACACAACACAUGCGCGUGUAUUUACCUACAGUGAAUUAGCUAGAACCAAUGCGUGCGAGGAAGGAGUGUUGCAGUGAGGAACAGCAGAUUGAAUUAGAACUACACACUACCGAAGAUCGUAGGCCGGAAAUGCUUCGAAAACGGUUGCUUCACGAAUAGUUUCGGUCUCAUCUGAUUGAAUCGGAGCAAAAAUAACCGAAACUUUACGACUUCCUGGAGGGCAAGACGAGGUUCCAAGCGGUCGCCACCGGACGCCAGACCCAGCCGACGUCAAUUUGAAGCACCGACCGCCGUCCAUCCGCGCCGACGAUCAGGACGUGCAUUGUAGCCGGAGAAAGUUCCCCUCAUGGGUCAGAACCGGACGCUCGGGCCGGAAUUCGAACCAAUGAAAUUUAACGGCUUAUCGCACUCGAUGAGUGUCCCCGCGGUUCCCCAUCACGUGAUGAUCAGAGAGAGACGGAAAAAUCAGAGUGAAAAUAAAUAAAUAAGUAUUAUAAGCGACAAGUGAAUCGACCGAGGUGUGACCGGGCAGGGCGAAGUGAAAAUUUUACUGAGCAAGACAAGCGUGCAAAAAUUAUUAUCGAUGCAGGAUAAUUAAUUUGGCAGACUGCGGCGUACUUUUUUUUUAUCUCGCUGAUAUUCCUGAUUGUGAGCCUGCGGGAGUGUGACUGAGGGUGAGCGGAAGCAUAUAAUAACAGCACAGUGUGUACACUGUGUGACCAUCGUGGGGUUUUGUGUGUGCAUUCAGUGAAGUGGUUCAAUGACCGAAAUCGACCCCACGGGAUUCGUCGAGCAUUAUGUGUACAAUGGCACAGAUGUGGCUGAUUGGAACAUCACCACAACCCGAUUCGUGUCGAACACCGGUGAUGCCAAGUUGGACGUGACCUAUGCCGUAUUCGAGGGCCUGGUAGCUCUGAUGGCCGUGGUCGGCAAUGCAAUGGUGAUUGUAGUGUUCAAACGCGAACGACGCCUUCGCAGACGGACUAACUUCUACAUCGUCUCGCUGGCCACGGCCGAUUUUCUGGUUGGGCUCCUCGGAGUUCCGUUUGCAGUGCUAUCUUCCGUAGGAUUACCGCGAAAUCUUCACGCAUGCCUUUUCACCAUCUCGUUACUGAUCGUACUGUGUACGAUAUCGAUCUUCUGCCUGGUGGCCGUAUCCGUCGAUCGGUACUGGGCCAUCCUACAUCCGAUGGCGUACUCUCGGAACGUCCGCACUAAAACUGCAAUAGUUAUCAUCAGUAUGUGCUGGCUGGCUGGUUCCAUCAUCGGAUUCCUGCCACUGUUUGGCUGGCACGAAACACCCCAAGUUGACACCUGCCUAUUCAUUAAAGUUAUGGAUUAUGAUUAUUUAGUAUUUCUGUAUUUUGCGACAAUCAUCACGCCGGCACUCAUCAUGCUGGCAUUCUACGCACACAUCUAUCGAGUAAUAGUUAAGCAACUUCGCCAAAUCGUAACGAUGAACCCGUCCGGUGGGCUUUCGUCCGAAAGUCGUCGAUCCUCUGAAAGCAGCCGCAUCCGGAUAUCGACCAUGAAAACAGGCCGCUGCAAAUCCAACGGGCACGGUGGCACGAUGCUGCGAGUUUUGGGUGCCGCCCAGAAGCGCGAGGUCAAAGCCACCCAGAACCUUUCCAUCAUUGUGCUGUUCUUCAUGAUCUGCUGGAUCCCGCUGUACACAAUCAACUGCAUUGUGGCCUUCUGUCGCGACUGUCAAAUCCCUCCCUUCCUUAUGCUAUUCUGCAUAAUCCUGUCCCAUCUGAAUUCGGCCGUAAACCCACUGCUGUACGCUUACCAUCUCAAGGACUUCCGGGCAGCCUUAAGGAAUCUCAUUCUCAGCAUGCUCGGGUACGAUGUGACCACCCAGGAGCUCAACUAUCGGGCUUCUCUGGCCAGCCAGCAGCAACAGAUUGCACAACGACAUUCCAUCAUGGACAAGAGGUUUUCAUUGCAACCCAAAGUCUACAUCGGUAAGGAUUCUCCCGUCUACUUUCGCGCGCAACAGCAACUGCGCCGGCAACAGUCAGAGCUGCUACAGCCACGUUCCCUGGAGCAUUCGGAAUGCGGAGCCUCAUUCAACAGUUUGAACAAAAAGCGACUAAUCAGUACCACCCGGUCGGAUCCCGGAUCACCGAACGUUGUAAUCAGCACUUCGGCCAUCAGUGCCAGCCCGGUCGAAUCCAACUGUUCUUCUCCACAGCGGUACGAACCGAGAAUGGGAGAUGGCCAUCGAGGUACUUUCAGAAUGUGGGGCAUAGCUGAGGUGUCCAGUAUCAACGAAGAUAGCGGCCAUCGAAAAUCCCUCGAAGAUGAAGAUCGAGGAGGACUGGUACUGAUUUGUAGCGAUUCCGAAGAACAGCAGGUUGAAAAUAACGAGAGUGUAGACCAAGCGUCCUUGGAAGUAAAUUUAGAAGACAUUGGGACGGAUUUUAAUGCGGAUGCAAUAGAAAACGAAUGUCCUGAUGAGACGCUGGACUUUCCAUCUCGGCCGAUCGAAGAAGAUAGAAACAUAAGCUCCUUGUACAAUAUUGUAACCUCUAAACGUAGAAGCCGAAGCACGUGCUGCAUUCUGCAGGACGCUAGCAUUGCUAUGCAAUCGAUGACCGAUUCUGUCUACCUAAUAGAGGACCAUUCCCCUACUCGAAUACUCGCUAAGCACAUGUCGCGAAACAGCACCAACAAUAAUAGCGUCAACUGUGGUGGUGGUGGUGGUGGUGCCGGUGAUUGUGCGAACCACCGCAGCUUCGAUCUAGUCGAUACCGUCAACAACAACAAUCAACACUGCAAACAUGUCUCUAGUCCAAACUCUUCUCUGCCUGGUGGAACCCCACGGACAGCCUCCUGGAAUCGUCCUAUUAGUAAAUCGUUUUCACUGUUUAACAGUGCUCAUCAUACGAACAUGUCACCGAAGCCGCUGUCACCGAUUAUCACUAUGGUAGACAGUGGUGAAUCGUCACAUUCCAGCCUUUUCAAGCUGUUCAGUUCCAGUGGUGCAAAACAGCGGGUGCGUAGUUUUAAGUUCAACAAGCGAUCGUUGUCUAAUGACAAGUGAAUCGACGAAAAUGAGUAACUGUGAAAUAUUGAAACUAUUUUAAUUCUUCUCUGAUGUCAUAGGAAAAAAUAAAACCAAAGCCAUAUCUCUCA